AUGGACGAGGCGGAGGACGGCGAGGAGGAGCACAAAUCCCAGCAGCCCCGACCACCUCCAGCCUCCACCAGCUCGGCCGGGAGAGAGGACCAGGACCAGGACCAGGACCAUGGGAGCGGCGGAGGGACCGAGAUGAAGAAAUUUACGCACGGAGGCGGAGCCGCGUCCGGUGCGCGUAAAACCUCCAACAACCACGAGCUGUGGCUCCUGAGAGACGAGGACUCCGCACCUGUCUGCGGGAGUAGCAGCGCAGCCUCUGCUCUGCUGUGCCGGAGGGAUGGGGAUGCUGAUGCUGCAGCUGGAGGAGGAGGAGGAGGAGACGCGCUCCAGGAGCCGUGCGUAAAAGCAGAUGGAGCCAUUGGAAUGAUAUGCAACAAAAACGGAGACUGUAGAAGGGACCCGAGCAGUUCAGGGAGCCUCUCCUCUCUCAUCUCCAGGCAGGAGAAGCAGGUGGGUGGAGUAGUGGCAGCUGGAGACGGGAAGGUGCAGGCUGCCACCAUGGACGGCUCCAUCACUCCAGCCCUGACGCAGGGGCCGGGGAUGGAGAAGAAGGACUCCAGAGUUUCCUUCUCCAACGCCCCGACUGGUAAAGGACAGACUCCCAGUCAGCACUCCAGGAGCUCUGGCACCUUCACCAAAGCUGAGGACGGCUCUCUGAUAGCGCCGGAUGAUGGAGACUCCAGGGGGAAUCUGACAUACAUGCAGAGGCAGUUUAGCUCCAUGCUCCAGCCCGGAGUUAACAAGUUCUCCCUGCGUAUGUUUGGCAGCCAGAAGGCGGUGGAGAAGGAGCAAGAGCGCGUGAAGUCAGCGGGUAACUGGAUUAUCCACCCAUACAGCGACUUCAGGUUCUACUGGGACUUCACCAUGCUGAUGUUCAUGGUGGGCAACCUGAUCAUCAUCCCCGUGGGCAUCACCUUCUUCAAGGAGGAGACCACCACUCCCUGGAUCAUCUUCAACGUGGUGUCCGACACCUUCUUCCUCAUGGACCUGGUGCUGAACUUCCGGACGGGCAUCGUGUUCGAGGACAACACCGAGAUCAUCCUGGACCCCAAGAAGAUUAAGAAGAAGUACCUGCAGAGCUGGUUUGUGGUGGACUUCGUCUCUUCCAUACCUGUGGAUUAUAUCUUCCUCAUCGUGGAGAGAGGGAUGGACUCGGAGAUGUACAAGACGGCCCGGGCGCUCCGCAUCGUCCGCUUCACCAAGAUCCUCAGUCUGCUGCGGCUGCUGAGGCUGUCCAGACUCAUCCGGUACAUCCACCAAUGGGAGGAGAUCUUCCACAUGACCUAUGACCUGGCCAGUGCUGUGAUGCGAAUAUUCAACCUGAUUGGUAUGAUGCUGCUGCUGUGUCACUGGGAUGGCUGUCUCCAGUUCCUCGUUCCCAUGCUGCAGGACUUUCCGUCUGACUGCUGGGUCUCCCUCAACAAGAUGGUGAACGACUCAUGGAGCGAGCUCUACUCCUUCGCCCUCUUCAAGGCCAUGAGUCACAUGCUGUGCAUUGGAUAUGGACGACAAGCCCCAGAGAGCAUGUCGGACAUCUGGCUGACCAUGCUCAGUAUGAUCGUCGGAGCCACCUGCUACGCCAUGUUCAUCGGCCACGCAACCGCACUCAUCCAGUCUCUGGACUCAUCCAGGCGGCAAUACCAGGAAAAGUACAAACAAGUGGAGCAGUACAUGUCGUUCCACAAACUACCGGCGGACUUCCGACAGAAAAUCCAUGACUACUACGAGCACAGAUACCAAGGCAAGAUGUUUGAUGAAGAGAGCAUCCUGGAGGAGCUUAAUGAGCCUCUGCGCGAGGAAAUAGUCAACUUCAACUGCCGUAAGCUGGUGGCCUCCAUGCCGCUGUUUGCCAAUGCCGAUCCCAACUUUGUGACAGCGAUGCUGACCAAACUGAGGUUUGAAGUCUUCCAGCCUGCAGACUACAUCAUCAGAGAGGGCACCAUCGGCAAGAAGAUGUACUUCAUCCAGCACGGGGUCGUCAGCGUGCUCACCAAAGGGAGCAUCGGCAUGAAGCUGAUGGACGGAUCCUACUUUGGAGAGAUCUGCCUGCUGACCCGAGGCAGACGGACGGCCAGCGUGCGAGCGGACACCUACUGUCGCCUGUACUCUCUCUCCGUGGACAAUUUCAACGAGGUGCUGGAGGAGUAUCCCAUGAUGAGGAGGGCCUUUGAGACGGUUGCCAUUGACAGAUUGGACAGGAUAGGCAAAAAGAACUCAAUCCUGAUGCACAAAGUCCAGCAUGAUCUGAACUCGGGUGUUUUCAACAACCGGGAGAACGAGAUGAUCCAGGAGAUCGUUAAAUAUGAUCGGGAGAUGGUCCAGCAAGUUGAUUUGCCGCGACCGCGGGCCAUGUCCAUGACACCUCCUCUCCAAGGAGGGAUCUUUAACUCUCCACAACAUCCCCAGAGUUCAGCGAUCGGCACUCUGCAGCAGGCCGUAGCCAUGAACUUUUGUGCCCCCUUGCAAGGGAACUUAACGGGAGCGGGGAGCCUGCAGUCCCCCUUGAUGGUGAGGAGGUUCCAGGUGAUGGAGAGUGUUUCCAGCCCUGUUUCAGCCUCCCCGCUGCAGUCUCAGUUCCUCGCUUCUGGUGCCUUCGCUCCCGUCAUGUCCAGCCCUCCUGUCCAGAGUCCGCUGGCGAUUGGAGGACGGUCAUUCCAGUAUGGAUCCGGCGCCCUGGCUGGUCCCACCUCAGGGUCCCAGCUUUCUCUAGUCCAGCAGCACAUGGCCAGCCCUGCACACCAGCCCAGCACACACAAGAGUACUCAUUCUUUGCAAAUGGGCAGUUUGAGCCAAGACGCCAGGGCACUGUCGGCCUCUCAGCCCUCACUGCCUCAAGAGGGGGCGCAACCAGGUGCCCCUAGUCCCCAGUCCACACGAGUCUCCUCCACCUCCAUUGGACCCCCUCAGACCCCAGCAGGUCACACAGGCUCCCGGAGCGCUAUACCACAUAGGGUGGUGCUGCCCCAUCAGAUGUCCGUGGGGUCCUUCCCCGUUGUGUCCCUGCCUGGUUCUAUGCAGGGUUUUGGGGCUGGUGCAGGGCUGGCAGUAGGGGGUGCAGGAACAGGUCUGGGGGACUCGGGACUACCCAAGAAAGACUCUAUAGUGAGCCUUCCUGAGACAGACCACAUCAAAAUCAGAUCAAGGCUAUCCUCAAACUUGUGA